GAGAAGAGGAAGAGAGAUGGGACAAGCAGCUGAAAGAGGAACAGCCUGAGAAGCAGGUCUGCUCCAGCCCACCCAUCUGCCAGGUUUUAACCAGGCCAUUUCUAAUGGUGACCUGAACAAGAAUGAAGUGGACAUGAACGAAGAGGAAGAUCGUACUCAGCAGAACACAUCUGAAAAUGACAAUGAUGAAGUUGAUGGCAACAAUAUAUGUGGUUUCAGAAGGAAAAAGGGAGUCAAAGGCCCUACGAAGUGCGUUCCUCCUUUAGAAAAUGAGAACAUGGAGCUGUUCCGCACCUCGAAAAUCUCGGAUGCUAGUCCCCUUCAGGGAGCCACCAGUUGCUCAGAACCACCACCAGACCAGCCUCUUCAAAACCCGACUAGCUUUCUUCCAGGAGAAAGGGACAGAGCGGGUCAUGACACUUCCCGUACUGGUGGUGAUGCAAAAGAAGAGAUGUCUGGAGAAACACAAGAAAACCGGGAUAAUGAUGACACCGGGAAAAGAACAAUAGGAAAAACACAGAUGGAAAUAGUCCCACCAGCUAAGACGGAGCAUCCCGUGAGUGUACAACCCUCGAGGAGCUCAGGGAAGGCUGCGUGCGGAGGGGCGGCCUGCGGGGGAGAGGGCGGCGAGAAGGCAGAGCAGCAACGGGGUGGGAUGGAAGAAAAAGUUGUCAAGUUUCACGUGAGAAAGAUGGGCUCCCUGGGCGGUGCUGUAGCCACAGACGGGAGCAGUACUGCAGAGUCCUUCUCAGGGGCACCUGGCAUUUCUAGACGAAGCUUGCAGGAGUUGAAAAACCUGCUGAGCGAAGGCCCUCUGCCUGAUUAUGGGCCCAACUACAGAGGCAAGGCAGGUGGCACCUUUUCUCAGAAAAAUUUGAAGCCCCGGGACAAAACAGCUGAGAAGCAGGGCCGAUCCUUUGAGACUUUUAGUCCCCAUUUUGGCGAGGAAAACCGAAAAUACCACAGAUUCCACAAGGAGGGAGUGGGGCAGCGGAGCAAACCUCUCCUGGUCCUCAGCUCUGCCGGGUCUGAUCAGCAUCAACCAGGGGGAAGCGACAUGGAUCAACUUGUUCUGAGGCUGCCAGCAUCUUCCACUCAUGCAGAAGGCACCCCUCCUGAGAUUCAGUUUGACUCCUCCGCAGGCCAAGCUGCGUCCAGCAGAGAUCCUGAUGUAAACAGCCCUGAAAGUCCAACUCUCCUUCACCUGUUCUCUCAUAUUGAAUUUAUUAAGCAGCAGAUGGCCAGGGACAACGUACAGUUUGUCAGAUUUGAAUCAAUAGACCUCCAUGGUGUGUCAAGAUCAAAGAAUAUUCCUUCUCGCUUCUUUCACGAAAAAGCAAUUCAUGGUGUUGCCAUGCCCAGAAGUUAUCUUGAGCUGACCCUGAAUCCUAGAGAUAAUGAAUUAGAUUACAUAAAUGCAACCAAUUUUAAUUGCGACAUAAUCCUGAACCCUGAUUUAUCGACGUUUCGAAUUCUGCCCUGGACUGAGCAGACUGCGAGAGUGAUAUGUGAUUCCUUCACCGUGCUGGGCAACCCGUUAAUGACCUCACCAAGGCACAUUGCCAAGAAACAGCUGAGCCAGCUUCAGGACAAUGGCUUUUCUCUGCAGUCUGCCUUUACUUAUGAAUUUUGUAUUUAUGGCAUUACCGAGAUUGUAAAUUCAAAGACAAUAUCCUUUCCUGCAGCCACGAUACUAAAUAACCACGACCAGACUUUCAUUCAGGAGCUCAUCGAAGGAAUGUAUUAUGCUGGUGCCAAUAUUGAAAGCUUUUCUUCUUCCAGUGGGCCUGGCCAAAUGGAGAUCACUUUUCAUCCAGUGUUUGGCAUAGAUGCUGCUGACAGCGCCUUCACGUUUAGAACAGGCAUUAAAGAGGUGGCUAAAAAGUAUAACUACGUUGCUAGCUUUUUCUCAGAAUCAGGAUUCUACAAUUCCGGGCCUCUGUCACAUAGCCUGUGGGAUUUGAAUGGCCAGAAGAAUGUGUUUUCUGCUGGUUAUGGAGCUGAGGAGCUCUCAGAUAUUGGGAAAAAUUGGUUAUCGGGUCUCUUGGCGCACACAGCAGCUAUCAGCUGCCUGAUGGCUCCUACCACCAGCUGCCGUAAGCCAUACUCUAAAUACAGUAAAGAAUCAAAAGAGACUGUAAAUGCAAAAUGGGCGUACAAUGAUAACAGCUGUGCCUUUAAUGUCAAAUGCCAUGGUGGAAAAAGCACUCGCAUAGAGAAUAAAUUAAGUUCUGCUACAGCAAACCCCUACCUGGUGCUUGCUGCUACUAUUGCUGCGGGUCUGGAUGGAAUAAAGAGAGGACUUAGGUAUGAUGAUAUGUUGGAAGAAGAAAAUCUCACCGCUGAUCUGAAACAUUCAUCAAUCCCUCUGAAACUAGAAGAUGCUCUUGUUGCACUUGAGAAAGAUUCGUGCAUUAAGGAAGCAUUGGGUGAAACUUUUAUCCGGUACUUUGUUGCCAUGAAACAUUAUGAGUUAGAAACUGAAGAAAUGGAUCUUGAAAGGAAUAAAUGCUUGGGGUAUUUUAUUUAG